AUGACAACUCUGCCUGUUAUUUCUGCCAAGGAUUUCUGUGUGACGCUGAUGAUAGUUGACCAUGAUCCACCACAUGAACAACUGCCCAUUUUGCGCCAAUUAGUUGACCUGUUACCGAAUAUUGAAAUAGUUCAUCUCGACAUCGAUGAUUUGGCGGUGGACACUCCAUUUGAAGGCUUCUUCCACACGGAGAGAUUUCUGUCCAGCAAAAUCACAUUCAACAUGCCAGUACACGCCAGUGACAUAGGGAGAGCGUGUCUUCUGUGGAAGUUUGGAGGGGUCUACGUGGAUUUGGAUGUGAUAGUGUUGAAGACACUAGACAGAGCCCCCCAGUAUGUGGCACGCACUCCACACGGGGGAAUAGCCAAUGGAAUCCUCAAGUUCCACGCACACAGCCCCAUGUUGAUGAGAUAUCUGUCUAACAUUUGGACAGACUACAACCCCGACCAGUACUCCAGACUGUUCUACGUCCUACUGGAAACAGUUCACAAUCAUUGCCUGAGAAAAGGAAUCAAUAUUAUACCUGAAGACGCAUAUGGUAAGCAGACCCAAGGCGUGGUGGAGUUCUGUGACGGUGUGAACAUAUUCGGGGUGAAUGCGGGACUGUUUGAACCCUUCAAGACCACAGAAGCAUCCGACACCAUAUUCAACGAGACACACGGGGAAGUAUUCGAGUCUAUUCUCAAAGCAAAAGAUCCGACGGUGCUGCACUAUGCUGGGAACUCGAAAGGCCACUACAGAACCAAGAUGAACGUGAGGGAAAGCGACUCUCUUUUUGCCAGGAUGUUCAGGAAACACUGCCCAUUCAUUACACUCAAAUAUGAGUUCGUCUAAUUCAAGCUUACAACAUUAGUUUUUUCUGGUUAAAAAACUUUUUUCUCAUUCAAACACAUGAGGUUGGAAUGCAAUUGUUCCGACUUUUGAAGAAAGUGCGGAAUAAUUAUG